GUUGGCUCUUUGGCUGCAUCAUGAGCUUUGGACCUCAGUCAGUUGUGGACUUGUUCUGGUCCUAUCGCGCAGUGACCACGCACGACCAAGAUCAUUUUCUUUAGACUUUAGUGAAUUUAUUGGUCAUACAUUACGCAAUUUAACAUUUCGAGGAAAUAUUUAUUGGAUUUUCUGCAUCAAUUUAAAAAACAUCAAUGACUAGUAGGAAAUACACACUGUGAUGAGAUGAGACUCAUCUCUCGUGUCAGUGAAACUGUGACUAGAAUUACUUUUAAAAUUGAAAAAGACUCCUCCGAUUAAGUUCCGUGGAUUUACAUAUUUAUAAAAUAUACAGACCAGACGCACAAGGCUACGAGCUGGACACAACUUUUACAUAAGCCAACCAGUCAAGAAAACCAAACGCCAUGUUGGCUUACGCUCAUUCUUGCCAAAUUAACUGGAGUUAAUUAUUACGUGACAAAACGACAAUAAGCAGUUUUCAAGUUAUGUAUGUAGUUGUGUCUCUAGUCUAAAAAGUGUCUCCAUUUUUGUUGUUCUUAAACACUUGAGCUCAGAAAUGACUUGCAAUUUUACAGUGAAAAUAACAAAUGCACGUCUUGAAGUAUCUUCAUACACAUUUGUAGUAGUGCGAUUGUGAGUUUAAAAACAUAAAAAAUACUCAUGUCGUAUAUGUAACAAAGUUGUUCACAUAAAAAUAUUACAAGUUCACACGAGAUUUAUCACUGCAGAUUUUUACCAUUUCCAAGAAGGCUUCAUGACUAUACAAGAAGUGCUGACUGAGGCAAAUCACAAGUACAUCUGCAAAUCAUCGCCCACACCUUUUCAUUGAUCUUUGAUUCAUUCAUUCAUUGGAGACAUCAUUACAAAUUCUCAAUUGUUCAACUUUUUACCACUCUCAUCACACGAGAACUUGGAUUGGAACGCAAUGGAACACAUUUCCAAUAGACUACACAUCUCAGAGUUCUGCUCGUGCGUUUAAAUUCUGAAAAUAAAUUCCGAUAUCUACGCAGUAAUUACUUCUGUCACAUUUGAGGAUUGGAUUUAUGCAAUUACUUAAUGAUAAUGUUAUUGCUCCUAUGGAUUCACCCCAGUUAUUUAAAUAAGUGAUGCUUUGUGUUGGAUGAACCCAUCAAAAUAACAAUUGAUAAAUAACAAUGGUCGUCGUAAAUAAGUGUGGUUUUGGUAAGCUGGAAUCUCAGGCGGACUCCAGUCCAAAAUGUUUUACAAGUUGCGACAGUCGUGGGAUGCUGCUCUUGAAUCAGGAGGCAGUGAUCAACAAGGGCGACAUUAACAGUUUGUACAGAAUGGACAAAGGUGCUCCGUUCGCCACAGGAUUGUAUGCCCAAGUGAAGCGAUGCAAAAGUCUGAUCACCAGUUCAUAUUACGCCGCAAAAUUCUGUCCCAGAAAACGUCCUGGACAAUCCCUCGAUGAAGAGUGCAUCGAAAAUCUUCACGAAAUCGCUCUAUUAAGUCAAUUGAAGCAUCCUUACAUCAUUUCGUUUAUUGAUGCCUUCAUUUUGGAAGACUGUGCCGUCACCAUCAUGGAACUUGCCCCCGGUGGUGAUCUCCAAACGGUAAUUGAUGCAGAUUUGGUGCUUUUGGAGAAGGAUGCUUCGCGAUAUAUUUUUCAACUUUUGGAGGCUCUAAAAUACCUCCAUGAAAGGAACAUUGCUCAUUUGGAUAUUAAGCCGCAAAAUCUUUUACUCAUGGGAGAAUUUCCCACUUGUGAAAUAAAACUCUGUGAUUUCGAGAUUUCUCGAGUAAUUAAGCCCGGAAAGGAAGUCAAAGAGAUUAUUGGGACGCCAGAAUACGUGGCCCCUGAAAUCCUGCUGUAUGAACCAUUAUCCACAUCGGCUGACAUGUGGAGCGUCGGGAUACUUUGUUACGUCCUUCUCACAGGAUUUAGCCCAUUUGGAGGUGACACGGAUCAAGAAACAUUCAGAAACAUCGUACACGAACCAAUUGACUUUCCUGAAGAGCUCUUUGAAGACAUCAGUCCCUCCGCCAUUGACUUCAUUCUUAAAUUGGCCGUAAAAAAUGCAAAGUUGCGGCCUACCCCUGUCGAAAUGGAGGAACAUGACUGGUUGACGUCCUUUAUUCCCGAAGUCCUCCCACCAACUCCGCCCUGUGAACCUGAACUGGAGCCGGAAGUGGCGCAACACUUCAGUUCAAUCAACCACAGUGGUCCAAAGAAACGAUCUCCAAGGAAGACGAUGGCGUUAGCAGGGAUGAGCACGGCUUCGGCGGCCGGGCGACGCCCAUCCGCACGAUCCAUCCUCAGAGCGUGCAAAUCUGCGUAUGAUUUGAACAAAAUGGGAGGAAAGACCAAGUCCAGGGAGGCUCUCAUUGAGAAAAUGAAAAUGGCUUCGGGUGACAACAGUGUCGGAGGCAACUGGAAGCUGAGGAAAAAUUUAAGCAAAAGCAGAGAACAACUUUGGGAGAGUAAAAUUCAACUUUCCAAGAGUUGUGAAAAAAUCAACAAUAACUUGCCAGGGUCGGCUCGUUGGGCCAGUGUCGCCAACUUUCCCAGUCUGGACCUGGGCAUGAAAUCAGCCACCAGCCAAGAAUCCGUAAUAAGUGUGGUGUCCACUUGCACUUCUGCUGCCGCUACGACGACCCAGUAUGAACUUGACUGGAACCAACAAUGCAUGAUGGAUGACUUUGUCGUUCCAAACAACCCCCUGGCGCCAUCAAUCUCAGUGCCAAACACUCCUCCCAUCCCUAAUUUCGACUUGUCCGCACCUGUAAACCAUAUGAACAUGGCUGGAAGUCUUGACUCUGCAGGAUCUACCCUGCUUCCUGCUUCAGGCUAUCCAUCACUGGUCACAAAUAGCGAGGAUGUUGAUGAUGAUGUACAAAAUGGCUCAUCGUCAGGACUCACCGCCGUGGAGCUAGAAUCUCAAAAAUCUGUGGCAGAACUCAUCAUGACCUUUGGUGGCCGAGUUCCAAAUGUAAAUAGUGCAAAUGGGAAAAAGCUGGACUUAAAGAACCAGUUUGAACCCAUUCUGGAAGUUGAUGGGAGUGAGGAGACGACAAUUUCACUCGGCGACUGUUCUGAUAACAACAGCACGAGUGGUGUGAGCAGUAUCAUCCCCACCACCAAGGAACCAAAGUCUGCAGAAUCUGGCCACUUUUCAAUGAACUCUUCAUCAUCCAAUGAGCAAGAGUCAUCCUCGUCCGUCAGGUCAAAGUCCGACUGUGACGUGGUCAACAAGCGAGUUUCACGGUCUUCACAGCAAAUCAGGGAUGAAAUGAGGGCAGCGAGAGUGAGUGCAAGACAUGGAGCAACUAGCGAUACUCAAGGGCCCACUCCUCAAAGUGGUCGAAGGGACAGUGGUUCUCCUCCCAAAUUGCGUGGGGUUGAAAAUGGAAGCGGUCCUCGAUUAAAAGGCAUUCUCAAAAAGUCUGCAACUCCAACAACUCAUCACAUCAAUAAUAAUACGAGCAAUAGCAAUAUGGAUUAUUCGUCACUACCCAAUUUUAGUAGCCAACAUCACAAUCUUAAUUACCAACUAAAUACAAAUCUCAUUCUGCCUGCUCCUCCUUCCGCUCCGUCAUCGCGACGAGGAAGCAUUCCCGGAAAUUGCACAAGACACACAAUCUCUUCUUUGGCGAAAGUACCCAAAAAGUCGAUAUUGAAAAAUUCUCAGAACAACGAAAUGAAAUUAAAUGCUAAAAGUCCCACAAUUGACACAACAAAUCCUUCAGCUUUUCACAGAAAAUCGAGUGGAGAACGUUCCAACUCGAAAUCACCGGAGAAUAUUAUUGUGGGCGCCACUAAAGUAACUUGCUCGUCUUCUCCUGUUGCUUCCACCGAUUUAGAUCGCACUACAAAAUCUGACCCCGCCAAUAAUGGAGGAUCGACAGCAACGCCAGACUCCAACGGAGGAGGGGGCAGUACAAACACUUCAGCGCGAGCGGCGGCGGUGGGGAAUAAGGGAAAGGUGAUUCCCAAAGGACUUUCUCCACGAGAACGCCCAUCCUUUAUUCUCCUUCACGAUGUGAACCCAAAAGUCCGAAAGCCAAGCCAACCUUCUCCGGUACGAAAAAUAACCCCACAACAACCCAUUCAGCAGAGGAACAAUACCACCGCCACCAACAAUAGAACGACUGCAGCAUCAACGAGGGCCAAGAUCGCCAACAAUCCGCCAACUCCAAGAGCUCCCCCAAAACCUAGAACAUCGAUCAGAGAACAAAUUUUGCAGAAACGAAUUCCCAAUAAAUCUGGCGUGACAGUGGACCGAGUUCCCAGCGUGACGCUGCACAUCGCCCCAAAUAAAAUUCUUCAUAUGCCUUCUGAAGUGACGUCGACAAAAAGUUCCACAAACACUCUCUCAUCAUCGUUAUUAUCAUCAUCUGAUGAAAUAAAUUGCAACAAAAUGCCAACAAAAUCCUCAAAGGUCAAGUCGGAACCAAUAAGUUUUGAGCCGGCUGCUGUUGCCAUUAAGAUAUUUCCUCCUGAUCCAGCCAUUGUUCCCAAAUCAGUCCUCGCAAAGGGCAGCCUCUCUCAGUCACAAAGUCUGGAAGAGAAUAGUGAUAGCAACAACAACAACGGUGGGAAUAGGUCUCCCAGUUGCAAUAAGAAUAAUAACAACCCUCUGAAUUUCUUGACGAUCAAUAACAACAGUGUCAAUUUAGAAAGCAAGUCCCCAGAGGCAAGAAGAAAGGGCAAAUCUGAGUCUUCCACGGUUAGCAGUCCGGAUAAGACGGCAGAUAAGUUUGAUAAGUUCACGUGGGGAGGAGUUUGCACUGGAUCGAUCGGCAGAGCCAUGGAACGAUUCGAAACUGGGGCGAUUAAGGGAAAAAAGUUGAGACGUGGCAGUGUCCCUGAUUUCUGACUAGCAAAGUAUGUCCACAGGGAUACCAAAUACUCGAGUUAAAUAGAUAUAUACGUAUGAAUUACACGAUUCGUCCCUUUUGUGUAAUGUAUUAAGUUCUGUCGCAUAAGUGCUAAAUGUACCUGACAAAAUUGCAGAUAGUUUCAAUAUUAUUACGUAAUUGUGCUACAUAAUAUGCUAAGAAGUAUGGUGCAUAAUUCUAAUGAGUAAUUUUUCUUUGUUACUUUCACAGUUUGUAUAAAUUUCUCUCGUUAUUAUGAGGCAUAAUUAAGAUCAAAUUAUUAUUAUUAUCAUUUUACAAACUGCAUGUAAUUAUUAUUAAAGCACUUUAGAUUUAAAGAUGGUAUUACACAUAUGUAAGUAUUUACUACUGAAGGACUCAAAUUAAUCUAAAUGUAAUACUUAUUAUUAAAAGCCCAACGAUAGGAGAUUGUGAUCAAACUGGAAAAUAAACAAAUUAUUGAUGUCAUC